AUGGAAAAUUUAUUAAGAAAUGUGUUGCUGAGUCGGAAAAUAAUAACAACAGUAAAAAUAUGCCGUAGAAAUUUACUUAAACAUUCUAUAAAUCAUGUUUUAGGAAAAAAGGUAUUAGACCGAUACAUGCGGUUACCUUUACCCUGUAAUAAGGUUUUGGCCACAUACGUUUGGAUUGAUGGCUCUGGAAUCAACAUGCGUUCGAAAGACAGAGUUAUGAACUGUGCUCCUUAUUCCCCAGAACAGGCUCCCUUAUGGACAUUUGAUGGCAGUUCAACCGGACAAGCUAAGGCGAAUAAUUCAGACACGACCUUAAAGCCUGUGGCAGUUUACAGAGAUCCAUUUCGAUGCGACCCUCACGUAUUGGUUUUAUGUGAUGUGUACUAUGGCGAUGGAACACCAGCUGCGACAAAUCAUAGAAAAUUUUGUAAUGACUUGUGUGUUUAUCAUGCAGCACACGAACCAUGGUUCGGCUUAGAACAAGAGUAUACUAUGCUUGACGUAGACGGGUGGGGUCUGGGUUGGCCCAAGGGGGGCGGUUUCCCUGCUGUAAAAUAUCAGUAUUCAUAUUGUGGCGUAGGAGCAAAGUACGUUGCGGGAAGAGACAUAGUUGAAGCUCACACGAAAGCCUGUUUGUAUGCUGGACUAGAUUUUGAAGGAACCAAUGCAGAAGUCAUGUUCGGUUGCUGGGAGUGGCAAAUUGGUACUUCAGUAGGUAUAAAAGCUCCCGAUGAUUUGUGGAUGUCGCGCUAUAUCAUGGCCAGAGUUGCGGAAGAUCACGGUGUUGACAUAACAUAUCAUCCUAAGCCUAUGGGGCAGUUACAUCCUGGCGUUGGUUUGCACCACAAUAUGAGCACUAAAGGUAUGCGUUCGGAUGGUGGAUUCAAGAUUAUUGAAGAAUCUUUAAAGAAAUUGGAGACUAACCAUAUGAAACACAUCAAACAGUAUGGUAACGAUGAAGCUACCAACAGACAACGUUUAACAGGUAAAUUUGAAACGGCAUCGUUCGAUAAGUUCUCGUGGGGAUUUGCUGACAGAAAAGCAUCAAUUCGGUUGCAAAGAAAUACAAAAGAAAAGGGGAAAGGUUUUAUAGAGGAUAGAAGGCCUGCUGGUGAUUGUGAUCCGUAUUUGGUUUGUGGGCUACUCCUGGAGACGUGCUUAGGCCCAGCUGGAACGAAAAAGGCUGGAAAACCUGUAUGCCCACCAACUAAAUAA